CGAGCUUUAGUGACACUUCUCGGGGGUCGGUACAGCACGCACAAUGAAGGUUCCAAUUUUUUUGCUCAGCACUAUUCAUUUAGUGCUAUGCGAGGUACCACCACCAUACCCAAGAAGGGGGUUUAGGCCACACCAACCACUUCUGCUGCCUUUACUGUCACAUAGUUUCAUAGCUCCAUCUCAGAAGUACAGCAGCGGAAGAGUAGUCAAUGGAGGUAGCUCAUUCAGACCAUCAGAUCAACAGCACAGUUAUGAUCUGCCCAACAAGCUCAAAAAUCAGCCGCAGUCUACAUACGGACCACCUAAUUACCAAAGACCGCCUUCCACUUCAUACGGAGUUCCGAAUAAAAUUCAAAGUCAACCUCAAGUCAUUUAUGGACUACCUGGUGUUGCCCAAAGGCCAAGUCACAGUCAACCACAAACCACAUAUGGGCCACCAAACGCCCCUCAAAAGGUUCCUUCUCAAGCUUAUGGACUACCUAGUCAACCUCAAACAGCUUAUGGACCUCCAAGACAUCAAAGUGUGCCAUCUCAGACUUACGUAUCUCCUAACCAGAUACAAAAUCUCGCUCAGGCCUACAGACCUUUGUCAGCUCAAAUUGCCCCUUCACAAAUCUACGGACUUCCAAACCAAGCCCAAAAGAUACCUCAAACUGCUUACGGUCCAUCCAAGUAUCAAACAGUUCCAUAUCUAGCGUCGGAAGCUCCUAGCAAAGUUCAAAGCGCACCACAAACCUUUGGAUUUCAAAACCCACAAGUAAGCCCAUCGCAACAGUAUGGCAUACCUAGUAAAAUACAGGUACCUCAAACUACAUAUGGAGCUCCGGAUUUACGAGUCGAACCUCUAGAAAUGCCUAGACAGGCAUUUAGUUUUUCAAAUGUAGCUCCUAGUGUACAAAAUUUACCCCACACUGGGUAUGGGACUCCAAGCUCUCAGGUCACUCCAUCUCAAAACUAUGGUGCCCCAAACAAGAUCCAAAGCCAGCCUCAAACCACAUAUGGAACUCCAAGUGAAUCAAGUGAAACUCAAAAUAUUUUCAAUGGCGCUCCACUACCUCAAAAAGCACUUGACCAGACGUAUGGAGUACCACCGCGUACCCCUGAAAUAGAGACUUUGGAGCGCCUCAAAGCUCAGCAGUUUUCGAAUUUAAUAUCUACGAGUCAGCACUUGCCCGUGAAGGAAGCUGUAAAUUUUGGGGGAUUCCAACAGAGCUUACCAUUAAAAGAAGCUGGUAACUUUCGAUCCAUCCUACCAUCUCAACAAUAUCUGCCAGUAAAAGAAUCACAAACUUUCAAACAAGGAUACCCAAGCAAUUUAAAUCACCUGACUCAACAGUACUUGCCCGUCAAGGAUGCUCAAAACUUCAUACAAGGCUUCGAACGCAAUACUGCAAUUUCAAAUUCUUUUCAAGGAGAUUUUCGGAACAUAUUUCCGGGAAGUACACAAGAAAGACCAAGAUCUCAUACAACUGUUGACAUUCAGAAGGUUGACGUGAAAUCUGUGACUCCUCUUGAUAAUAAUAAUCCUCCGUUGGGUGGUGAAAACCCAAAGUGUCCUCCAUCAAAUAACCCAAAUAGCUAUCCCCCUUCUGAGUUUGGAACUCAGACACAAAGAACACCAAGAACAUUUGGUAAUCCAACCAACUAUCCCAAACCUGACUUCGAAUCCAAAAGUCCAAGUACGUUUCCAGAAGAAAACCGAACAGUGGGUCCGACAGAAAAUGAAAACCGAAACGUGGUUCCUCAAGGUGAUGGCUACGUACCCCCAGUAGCGACUACGACAGAAAAGCCAGUGCUCAAGAGACCUACAAAAUCUAGUCAAACGCCUGUUACUUCACGACCUGAAGUAGUACCUGAGCAAGGAAAUGAUGACGAUGAAAAUGAGGCUCCAGAAAGGGAUGAGUCCGCCAAUGACGGUCAACCUAACGUCGCCAUAGCAACCGCGGUAGCUGGUGGAGGAAGUCGUCAUUUUUACCUUCUCCAGCCCGAUGGAAGGUUGCAAAGGGUCACCUUACAGAAAACCCAGGAAACAGGAGAUGAAGAGAAUGAAUACACUGCCAAUUAUCUAUUCCAAAAUAUAGAACCAGAACCAAAUGGCGUUUACGCUCCUCUAAUCAGUCUAGUUAAUAAAUAAAAUUUUGUAGUAUUAUAAGAAUAAAAAAGAUUAUUUUUUCAUACAUGUUUA